UUAAUUAAAAAUUAAAUAAAUAUUAAGAUGGUUUUUCAUUGUUGUGUGAAAGGUUGUGUAAAAACACAGAAGGAUAUUAGUUUACAUGUGAUUCCUAAGAAUUUUGAGAAGUUUAAAAAUUGGACAAUAGCGAUUGGUCGAACGGACAUCGAAUACUCGAAACGUGAAAACUAUCGUGUCUGCGAUUUACAUUUCGCCGCCGAAAUGAAACUCCAGGCUUCAACAGGAAAAUUGCGAACUAACUUAAAGCCUAAUGCUUUUCCUAGCCUCCACUUAAGUAGAUCGCCUAUUGCUUCUACGAGUCGAAAGAUUAUGGCCAUAAAUAUCGAAGAAGAACAAAUUCGACCUGCGGUGAAAGAACUAUCGAAAACAGCAAGAAAAUAUUACCAUAUUGCGAAAGACAUGUUAAAACUUGCUCGAAAUUUGAAAGAUAAAAAUGAAACAUAUCUUAAAAGAUUGGAAAAUGCAAACACGGAUGCAAACAUUUAUUAG